AGUGAAACAUGUUGCAUGCUGGACGAUCAACAGGUGGUGUCCUUGAAUUUCAACAACUUGAGCGAUUCUCAAGUCGUGGCAAUUCUUGUGGUUUUCAUAAUAAAACAAAGUUGUCCUGGCUUGAUCUCGUGAUUUCCACCAUUUCACAUUCAGCUCUCAAGCUAAAAAGUUGAACUCACUACACUAUGCAAAUAGUAUUUUUACAUGUGAUCUGCGAGUGAACUUUGCGAGUAUUUACUAUGGAGAGUAGGUAGUGUGAGAGAGAUUGAAAUGGAAAUCUGAAGCCAAGAGGGAGCCAAUGCUGAGUGCUGAAUGUAAAUGUGCUUAAAGUGUGUUGGAAGUCUUAUAUCUUCAGUCAGCUUCUCUCGUAUGAAAUUGAAGUGCGAUGCUGGAAUGGAAAAAGAGAGAAGAUUCUUGUUCAAAAUUUCGGAUGACUGCCUCAAAAUUGAUCCUCAUACCAAUCGCUUUCUUAAUCAUCAACACUGUCUCACAAUUUUGGAAUAUUCAUACAUCAAGGAGGGAAUUACAUGAUGACCAUUUCUCGGCAGGAAGACGGUCAAUUCUUUCAACAGAAGAUGAUGAAGGGGAUAAUUGUACUAAGCCCACGAUCAUGGAUUUUCCACAAAUCAAGUUUCCAGGAGGAGAGAAUGGAAGGCUGAUAUUCCCUCUUCUAAUUUCAAUCUACAUUUAUUUCCUGCUAGCGAAAAUCUGCGAUGAUUACUUUAUUGGGUGCAUAAAAGUCAUAUGCUCAAAGAUCGGAUUCAGCGGCGACGUGGCGGGCGCGACCCUGAUGGCAGCCGCCACCUCCUCCCCGGAGCUGUUCAUCCACCUGGUGGGCACUUUCGUCACCCACACCAACCUCGGCAUCGGAACCAUAGUCGGCAGUGUCGUCAUCAAUGUGCUCGGCGUCCCUGGCCUCUGCGGCGUCUUCUCACCCGACACUAAAGUGAUGCUACUGGAUGUAUGGCCUCUUGUCAGAGAUGGUGUCAUGUACUGUUUUUCGCUUACAACUAUCACAUUUUUCCUGAGAGAUAAAGUCAUUUACUGGUACGAAGCCGGUUCAAUGGUUCUAAUCUAUUUACUUUAUCUUCUUGUGAUGAGCAAGAACAAUAUUCUGAGGACCAAAUUUGACACAUUUAUUUGUCGAUUCAAAUCAACUCCUAAUCCUUGGGAGAGCAACGUGACCUGGCCUCUACUGCACAACAAGGAUGGGGUAGAAGGCCCAGUGGGGAACGGCCAUAAAGUGCAUCUUGAAGACUUCGGCGAUGAAACCGAAGUUGAAGAAGAGCAUUUGUGCUGUUGGCCAUCCGGUGCCGGUUUUUGGAGCAAGAUAGGCUGGCUGCUGACAUUGCCCAUAAACACUGCGCUGAAGUUCACCAUUCCCAAUUGUCAUCGGACUGAGCAUGCGCGGAAGUUCUACGUGCUCACAUUUAUCAUGUGCAUGUGCUGGAUAGCCGUGUCUUGCUAUACUAUUGCAUGGAUGAUCACUAUUACAGGUUUUGUAUUGAAAGUACCAGACUCUGUGAUGGGGUUGACAUUCAUAGCGGCUGGAAUGAGUAUUCCAGAAACUAUUUCCAGUAUUAUUGUGGCGAAGCAAGGUCAGGGAUCAAUGGCAAUAGCGAAUUUGCUGGGAUCGAAUAUAUUCAACAUGCUCUUCUGCUUCGGUCUGCCCUGGUUUAUCAAGUCGGCAUUCUUCAUGGACGUGCCCGGUUAUUUCAUACAUGUCAACUGUCAAGGAUUGAACUAUUACAUUUCUGCACUGUUCAUUGCCAUUGCUGUCCUAUUGUCAACAUUGGCAGCGAAUAAAUUUGUCCUCAAUAAAUUGGUUGGAUACAUCUGCAUCACAGUGUACAUACUGUUCAUAGUCUGCUUGGUUUUUCUUGAACUGUUCUAUCUGGAUGAUGAGGGUCCGCCUAUGUGUUCAACAGACUAACAGAGGAUUACUGGGAUGAGUGAUGAUUUUAUAAACUGACUAUUUUAAGCCGUGUUAGAAUAAUGCACAGUAGGGUAAGGUACAAUAAUAUUAUAGAGAAAAACGUCUGGUUUGCUCAAUAGUUAUGUAGAUGGGACACAAUCACAUAAUUGGUUAUUUUUGUAACAAGAAAGUGGGUAAAUUGUUUUUUUAUAGAUAAACAAGGUACCUAAUUUGAUGGUGUGUCCCUGAGGAAGUUGUGUGUUGAAGAAAAGAGAAGAACAAUCUACCUGUAUUAUUCUUUGUAGAAUAAUAAGGCGAGGUUGGUACAUGGUUCACCAUGGCUGUGAUGAUCGAUUAAGUGUCAAUCUGUGAUGUUAGUAGCCGGUUUAUUCGUGGAGUGACUUUUUUGAAACUAGUUUUAUAACAAUUUUUGUUGUUUGUAUUCGCGAAUUUAAUUAUUUUCAAUAGUUCAGUUCAAUUACAAACAGUGUAGCAGAAAAACAGGAUAUCAUCUCAGAAUAAAACCUUUCAUUUACUCUCUACAAGAGUGGACUAUUCUUACAAAUAGGCCUACAUUAUUUUGAAUUACUUCUAAGCAGAGCUUAGGCUUAUUGUAGCCUACAAACUUGAUACUUAUAGAAAUUAUUGGAAUAGUAUUGCGAGCACAAGAAAAUUUUAUUACAAUAUCAAAUCCAUUAGCUUUAAAAACUUCAAGCAUAAUGUCAAUUUAAUUUUUUAUAUGAAAGAAAUUCUGAAUUUUCUGUUUUGCCGCUACACUUGAUUUUAGAAGUUUGGAUUAGUAUUUUAGUGAUUGUUAGUAGAUUAUUUAGUUUUUGAAAAUUUUUAUAAUUAUUUAGUUUAUAAUAAAAAAAAAACAAUUCAACAAAACUAUAAUUUACUAUUAUUAUCCUGAUGCUUUAUAGUAGCCUAUGUUAUUAAAAUAAUUCAACAGUUUAAUUAUAAUUCACAAUCACUUCAAUGGAUGGGGUUACGCAUUAUAAUAAUAACAAACCAGUAUUAAAGCACAAUAAAUUUAAUAUCACAACAUUCUCAAAAUGGAGUUAUUGCAAGUUACCAGCAUAUAAUAUCUCACAAACACAUCGUACACAAUAUUAUUAUGCUUACGCCUACUCAAUUCUGCCAUUAUAUCAUAUAUAAUAAAUCACAGAUGUUAUCUUAUAGAUUUUACGAGUAUUAUAACAAUAAUGAUUACUCUUAGUCAACUAUUGAAUAUUCUUAAUCUAAACAACUUUCUACACAUAAAACAAUAAUAAAAAUAAAAAUGUUGAAAUUAUUUCAACUGUGAAGUGUUAUUGGAAUAGGCCUAAUAGAGUAAUAGAGUAUCGAGAUACUAUUCAAAAAAUAGUUUUCAAUAGAAAAUGUUAAAAUGGAAGAAAAAUGUUUUUCAUCACUCCUGGAAUAAUCAGGAUAAACUAACUUCGUUUAUUAAUUUUGGCUGCCAUACGGUACCUCGCUCAUGCUUCAGUGUAACUUUAUCAAGACUUCAGCUACUUCUACAUUCAAAAACUAUCUUAUACAGUAACUGUAGUAGUUGAGACUAAUUAUUAUCUUAUAAAAAUAUUCAACUCGAAUAAUAAUGGAAAUAAUCAUAUAAUAUAAAUCAUCAUUCGUCAUUAUGUAAAAUGAUCCUUUACAAAUGUAGUUUUAAUCAAUUAAUUUGAUUAGUCCAUAUAGCAGAUGCAAACUCAUUCAUAACAAGAUAACUUAACUUACAACUUUCAUCAUUACCGGUACUCUUAUUGGUAUGGCAUCGGUACAGUAUUUCAUGAUAGUAUAUCCAAAAAAGUCUG